AUGAAUGUGUCAACAUGUCAUGGGUCAACAUAUAUCCGAUGGGGCCGCACGGUUUGUCCAUCAAAUGGAACCGAGUUUGUAUAUAAAGGUUUUGCUGCGGGAAACUAUUAUAACUCGCAUGGCGGGGCUGCCGAUUUUAUCUGCUUGACGCAAGAUCCGAUCUGGGGUGUCUAUGACGACGGCGAAAGUUCGCACGGCGCAAAUAUUUACGGAACUGAGUACGAAUUUGGUGAAAACCAUGCUGACGGCGGUGCGAAGUAUUUUGGAUCGAAUUUAUACCAGCACGAUGUUCCGUGUGCUCUGUGUCAAUCACAUAGGCCCGCGUCGGUGAUGAUUCCCGGCCGAAACCAGUGCUACCCAGGAUGGACGCUCGAGUAUUCUGGAUAUCUGGUUUCCGGUAGGCAAAAGGCUACAUUUGAUGGGUCCGCCACUAACUACGCAUGCCUUGAUAGCGUUCCGGAGUCUGAGUUGGGGGAUCAUGUCGAUGAAAAUGGAAAACUCAUGGUUCUUGUUGAAGCUCAGUGCGGAUCUCUAAAAUGUCCGCCAUAUGUCCAAAACCGUGAAAUAACAUGUGUGGUUUGUUCCAAAUAAAU